GCUUGGGUCAUCGGAUCGCGCGUACCGUACGGUAGGAGGAGCUGGCGAGACGAUCGCAGAGGUGCAGAGAAUAUUGCUCUUUGUUUUGGGAUUUUCCAAGUGGUUGCGCCUGAGUGUGAGCGUUUCAAGUCCGCAAGUGAUAUACAUACCUGCAAAGAAGGCGUUGAAUUUCGCGAUAAUGGAGAAUGGUACGAAGGAAAAAGAGGAGCUCGGGGCUGCUUAUCUUCAAGAAAAUUUUGAUGUUGGUGGCACUGCUGAUGAGUAUGGGAAGGCAGAUGACGACAAAGCUGUAACCACACCUUUGGUGAAACAUGCUCCUGAAAAAGAAAAGAAGGGAAAGAAGGACAAGGACAAAGACAAGCUUGAAGAUCUCAAACAAGAACUGGAAAUGGAUGAGCACAAGAUACCACUUGAGGAUCUUGAAGCCAGGCUCAGCACUGAUUUGCAAAAGGGUCUCACACAAGAGAAGGCUAAUGAAAUCUUUGAGCGGGAUGGACCUAAUGCUCUGACUCCACCACCAACGACUCCUGAAUGGGUGAAAUUCUGCAAACAGCUGUUCAGUGGCUUUGCCAUGCUCUUAUGGAUUGGUGCCUUUCUUUGUUUCAUUACUUUCGCCAUCAAAGCAUCCACAAUGGAAGAACCAGAUAAAGAUGAUCUUUACCUUGGAAUAGUUCUUGCCACAGUGGUUAUCAUAACUGGAUGUUUCUCCUACUACCAGGAGGCCAAGAGUUCUAAGAUUAUGGAGAGUUUCAAGAAAAUGGUCCCACAGGAAGCUACUGUCCUCAGAGAUGGGGAGAAACAUAACAUAACCGCAGAAAAACUUGUUGUGGGGGAUGUUAUAUUUGUGAAGUUUGGAGACAGGGUACCAGCAGAUAUCCGUGUAACUGAAGCACGAGGUUUUAAGGUUGACAACUCAUCUCUCACUGGUGAAUCGGAGCCCCAAGCACGCACCCCAGAAUUCUCCCAUGACAAUCCCUUGGAGACAAAGAACUUGGCAUUUUUCUCAACAAAUGCUGUUGAAGGAACCUGCACUGGUAUCGUUGUUCAAACAGGCGACAACACUGUCAUGGGACGCAUCGCUAACUUAGCCAGUGGAUUAGGGUCAGGGAAAACACCCAUUGCUGUGGAGAUUGAACAUUUCAUUCACAUUAUCACAGGAGUUGCUGUAACUCUUGGAGUGACGUUCUUUAUUCUUUCACUGAUCCUUGGAUACCACUGGCUCACUGCCUGCAUCUUUUUAAUUGGUAUCAUCGUUGCCAACGUGCCUGAAGGUCUACUUGCAACUGUAACAGUUUGUCUGACUCUCACUGCUAAACGAAUGGCAGCCAAAAACUGCUUGGUGAAGAACUUAGAGUCAGUUGAGACUUUGGGAAGUACAUCCACCAUUUGCUCAGACAAGACAGGAACUUUGACUCAGAACAGAAUGACUGUGGCUCACAUGUGGUUUGACGACAAAAUCUUUGAAGCUGAUACAACAGAAGAUCAGUCAGGAACUCCAAUGGAAAAGACAGAAACCUGGACUGCACUCGCUAAAGUGGCGGGUUUAUGUAAUCGUGCAGAGUUUAAGACAGGACAAGACGGUGUACCCGUACUCAAAAAAGAGACCAAUGGAGAUGCCUCAGAAUCUGCUUUACUAAAAUGCAUCGAACUACAAGUAGGAAAUGUGGCUAAAAUGCGCGAGAACAACAAAAAGGUGGCAGAAAUUCCCUUUAACUCCACCAACAAAUACCAGGUGUCUAUUCACGAACAGGAAGGUGAUGAAGAUCCUCGUUACCUUUUGGUCAUGAAGGGGGCACCAGAGAGAAUUUUAGAUCGCUGCUCCACAAUUCUCAUGAACGGCAAAGAAGAGCCCCUUGAUGAGGCGAAGAAAGAAGCCUUUGAGAAGGCGUACUUGGAAUUGGGUGGAAUGGGAGAGCGUGUGUUGGGCUUUUGCCAUUUUUACCUGGAUGCUGAAAAAUUUCCACCCGGAUUUGAGUUUGUAGCUGAUGAGCCUCCCAAUUUCCCUCUGGAAGACUUGUGCUUUGUUGGUUUAAUGUCUAUGAUUGAUCCACCUCGCGCCGCUGUUCCCGAUGCGGUCAGCAAAUGCCGCAGUGCAGGAAUCAAAGUCAUCAUGGUAACAGGUGAUCACCCAAUCACAGCCAAGGCCAUCGCAAGGGGCGUAGGAAUCAUAUCUGAAGAAACUGAAACUGUGGAGGACAUCGCCGAGAGGCUGGGUGUCCCUGUGGCUGAUGUUAAUCCGCGAGAUGCCAAAGCCAUUGUAGUUCACGGAGGACAGCUCAAGGAUGUCUCAAGUGAACAGCUAGAUGAUAUCUUGAAGUACCACACUGAAAUUGUAUUUGCCAGGACUUCCCCGCAGCAGAAACUGAUCAUCGUAGAAGGCUGCCAGAGACAGGGGGCCAUUGUUGCUGUGACAGGAGAUGGUGUUAAUGAUUCUCCAGCUUUGAAGAAAGCUGACAUAGGUGUUGCUAUGGGUAUCGCAGGCUCAGAUGUGUCCAAACAGGCGGCUGAUAUGAUUCUGUUGGAUGACAAUUUUGCCUCCAUUGUUACUGGGGUUGAAGAAGGUCGUUUGAUCUUUGACAACUUGAAGAAGUCCAUCGCCUACACUCUGACCAGUAACAUUCCUGAGAUCACUCCAUUCUUGAUGUUCAUCAUAAUCGGCAUUCCACAACCUCUGGGCAUUAUUACAAUUCUUUGUAUUGACUUGGGUACUGACAUGGUUCCUGCCAUUUCUUUGGCGUAUGAGAAAGCAGAGAGCGAUAUCAUGAAGAGGAAGCCUCGUGAUCCCUUACAUGACAAACUUGUUAAUGAAAGGCUAAUUGCCAUGACUUAUGGACAAAUUGGUUUCAUUCAGGCUUUGGGAGGCUUCUUCACGUAUUUCGUCAUUAUGACUGAAAAUGGUUUCUUUCCAACUCGCCUGUUUGGUAUUCGAUCGGAAUGGGAAGACAGAGAUAAUAACAGCGUACCUGACAGCUAUGGACAGGAAUGGACGUACAGCCAGAGGAAGAUUUUGGAGUACACAUGUCACACAGCUUUCUUUGUCAGCAUUGUAGUGGUACAGUGGGCUGAUCUGAUCAUCUGUAAAACUCGAAAGAAUUCCAUUAUUAAGCAGAAGAUGACUAACAAAGCCCUGAACUUUGGCCUGGUCUUUGAAACUGCCCUCGCUGUACUGCUGUGCUACACUCCUGGUCUGUCUACUGGUCUGCGGAUGUACCCAUUACUGGCUCAAUGGUGGUUCCCGGCCAUUCCUUUCAGCCUUUUGAUCUUUGUGUACGACGAAUGUCGUAGAUAUAUCAUCAGAAGACAUCCGGGAUGUUGGCUGGAACAAGAAACUUACUAUUGAUGAAAACCAAAGCGAGUGUGAUGCUGUCAGUUGCGUGCAGAUGAAUUGAGAUCGAAUUGAAUCACGUUGAAAGCGGAUUGGAUCACGAAAGACUGUUAGUUAAAUGCCUCUUGCGCUUAUGAAUAAUGUUUCAGAGUGAAUUUAUCUGCCUUGAAUAUUACAAAGGCAUGUUGCAAUGAUUAUAUUACUACCAAAUGCUUGUAGCCGUUUUUAAUUUGCCAAAACGAGUUUUGAAAGUUCAAGGAUUUUUCGUACUGUCCUCCCUCAUGACUGAAUGAAAUUGAAAAUAUUGAUGAGUUGAACAAUUCUUUGAAAUCGAAAGGAGGUUGUGCUUUUCGAAGGGAAAAGAUAUUUUUGACAAUCCACAUUGGUAAUUAUUUACUCCGUCCAUACAAAAUUAGUCAUUACAUACAUAAGCAAUAAAAUGAGCAUUUUUUAA